GAAAUACUAUGAAGUAGUGAGUGGAAUUAUGCCAAAAUAGCAAGUGGUUAGAAUCUUGAAGGAGAUAACAAACAUUAGUAGCGAAUCUGGUAUAGCUAGUGGGCCCCACCCCACCCCACCCCACUCCGUCCCGUGAGCUGGGGACAUCUUCGACUCCAACUCCAAGUGUUGGAACUAUGAAAUUGUUUCCCGAGGCUCAGGCAAUGGCUACUUGUCUUCCAUGCCCCACGCCAUGCCUCUUUCUCGCUUCCAAGAAAACCACAAACCCCAUAUUCAAUUGUAAAUUCAACAAUGCGCAACCUCACCAUUUUCUCCAAGCCGCGCUACACCGCGCUUCCCUGCGUUUCCAGGAGACCCUCCGCCCAGAUCCUUUAUUCACUGACCCCUACAUCAGAUGCCUUCUGCCUCUUGAUAUUCAAAUGGAUGUGAAUCACAACUUGCACAAACACUGCCUUGCAACCAAGUUUAUUGAUGACAAACUCAUCACCUCAACGCAAAAAAUCGAUGGACUUAGGCAGAUUGUUUUCUUGACCGAUGGAAUGGAUACCCGGCCAUAUAGGCUCAACUGGCCAGCAUCGACAGUACUAUUCGAUAUAUCUCCGGAUAGAAUAUUCAGACAAUCAAUUCAGAAGCUUGAAGAAAUUGGUGCUAAGAUUCCAAGAAGAUGCUUGCUCUUCCAUGUCCCAUCCGAAACCUCUGAUAUUCAACAAGCUUUAUGCAGUAAAGGGUACAACGGCACCAGUCCUAGUCUGUGGGUUCUUCAGGGAUUUCCAGUAGUCACUUUGGCCAACUUCAAAGAUAUUUUGAGCAUUGUGAGCUCUUUAGCCAUGAAAGGAUCCUAUAUCUUUGGAGAACUCCCUAGCUGGUUAGUCGAAACAGAGACUGGCAUGAAGACCACAGCACCAGAAUGGAUGGACAAGCUCUUCGUCACCCACGGCCUAAAGGUGGAGGUCAUUGAACAUGAUGAAAUUGCAAGAAAUCUCGGAAAAGAAUCAUCAUCCGGUGACUACAAAACCAUACUAUUCGUAGCAGAGCAGCUGCAGUUCUCUGAUGAUCAGAUGGAAUUAUGGAGAAGAGAGUUUCAAAGGAUAGAAGAAGAAGGAGAUGAAGAUGGUUUUGAAGAGCUCUAAAUAGACACCAUAUUGAUUAUAGAAUUCUAUUGCCAUUUUUCUUAUUUUGUGUUUGCAUUGGGCCUUGGGCCUUGGGCCUUGGGUAGAAGCCCAGAUCCAAUUGCAUGGGGUGUCCCAAUAUUGUCGUAGAAUUCUUUUCUUGUUUUUUUUUGAGUUUUAGUUAGGAAGUGUUUGCCAACAAUUUCCUGAGAACCUGUUAUUAUCAUUAGCUAUUUCUUUA